UUAGCUAGACAGAAAAAUAUUAGGUCACCUUAAAAAGAGGUUAAGAUGAGUCACUCCUCCCCCUCCCAGCAAUCCUUCACCACAAUAGAAUCGGCUGAGAGCGCGACCGCCGCCACUUCAAUAGAAACCGCCGAGAGCACCACCGCCGCCCGCGACGUGUCCCCUCCCGCCGCCGUCUCCGCCGCGCGCGACGUUUCCCCUCCUCCUGCCGCCGCCCGCGACGUUUCCCCUCCCUCAGCCGCCGCCUCCGCCGCCCGCGACGUUUCCCCUCCCUCGGCCGCCGCCCCCGCCGCUGCGCGCGACGUUCCCCCUCCUCCUGCCGUCGUCCCCGCUGCUGCGCUCGACGUUCCCCCUCCCGCCGUCGUCCCCAUGGCGGCGGAGAUGGAAGUCGACGACGUCGACGUGCAUGAGGUCCCCGAAUGCAUAGCGUCGAUGAUCGACCGCGGCAGCGUGGAGAGCCACCGCCUGUUCCUGGCGCGCCGCACGGCAAUGGAGAUGCUCCGCGACCGCGGGUACAGCGUGCCGGAGGCCGAGAUCGCCCGCACCCUCCCUGAGUUCCGCGCAUGGUGGGCUGAGAAGCCUGGGAUCGAACGCCUCGCCUUCACCACCACCCUCGUCUCCGACCCCUCCAAGAAGGUACAACUUGUAUUCUGUCCACCAGAGCCUGUCAAAAUCGCAACUAUCCGAGAGAUAUAUCUCCAAACAAAAGAAGAGAACUUGUCCAGGCUUGUUCUGAUACUGCAGAGCAAAAUAUUAUCUAGAGCUAGAGAGGCUAUCAAGGAGAUCUUUAAAUUUAAAGUGGACAUAUUCCAGGCCACAGAUUUACUGGUAAACAUUACUAAGCAUGUCCUGAAACCCAAGCAUGAAGUGUUGAGUGCAGAUCAAAAGGCCAAGCUCCUCAAGGAAUACAAUGUGGAAGACUCACAGUUGCCACGCAUGCUAGAGACUGAUGCUGUUGCUCGCUACUAUGGCUUUGACAAGGGAACCGUGGUUAAAGUUACAUAUGACGGCGAACUUACUGGGAAGCGUGUGGCAUACCGAUGCGUCUUCUGAGGGAUCCAUGUGUUCCUAUGGAUGAAGGUUGUAGUAAGUUAUUAGCUACUAGUUGUUGAUCUAUCAUCUAUGUGACUCCUCUUUGCGUGAUUUACCUGAAUGUAGUUGGGAAACUUGCCCUGUUGCCCAUGAAAGUUGGGAAAUUUACCUGAAUGUAGUUGGGAAACUUGCCCAUUUAAGUUGGGAACUUUACCUGAAUGCAGUUGGGAAACUUGCCCAUUAAAGUUGUU